GACAUUCAUUUGGCGAAACGGUUUUACGAUAUGGCUGCUGAGGCUUCGAAAGAUGCUCAAAUACCGGUUGCCCUGGCUCUGGCUCAUCUUCAGCUGUACAUCUGGCUCGAAAGAUUUCAUGAAAAUCUUCAGAUUGCUCUUCUGCGCGAUUUUUAA